AUGGAGCCCAGCACGCCGAGCGGCCAGGCCCGGGCGGCGGCCAGCAAGCUGUCGGAAGCGGUGGGCGCCGCGCUGCAGGAGCCCCGGCGGCAGCGGCGCCUGGUGCUGGUCAUCGUGUGCGUCGCGCUGUUGCUGGACAACAUGCUGUACAUGGUCAUCGUGCCCAUCGUGCCCGACUACAUCGCCCACAUGCGCGGGGGCAGCGAGGGCCCCACCCCGGCCUCUGAGGGGUGGGAGCCCACCCUGCCGCCGCCCACGCCGGCCAACGCCAGCGCCGACUUGGCCAACACCUCAGCGCCCCCGACGGCCGCCGGCUCGGCCCGGUCGAUCCUGCGGCCCCGCUACCCGACGGAGAGCGAGGACGUGAAGAUCGGGGUGCUGUUCGCCUCCAAGGCCAUCCUGCAGCUUCUGGUGAACCCCCUGAGCGGCCCUUUCAUCGACCGCGUGAGCUACGACGUGCCGCUGCUCAUCGGCCUGGGGGUCAUGUUCGCCUCCACCGUCAUGUUCGCCUUCGCGGAGGACUACGCCACGCUGUUCGCGGCGCGCAGCCUGCAGGGCCUGGGCUCGGCCUUCGCCGACACGUCCGGCAUCGCCAUGAUCGCCGACAAGUACCCCGAGGAGCCGGAGCGCAGCCGGGCCCUGGGCGUGGCGCUGGCCUUCAUCAGCUUCGGGAGCCUGGUGGCGCCUCCCUUCGGGGGCAUCCUCUACGAGUUCGCGGGCAAGCGCGUGCCCUUCCUCGUGCUCGCCGCCGUGUCGCUGUUCGACGCGCUGCUGCUGCUGGCGGUGGCCAAGCCCUUCUCGGCUGCGGCCCGGGCCCGGGCCAACCUGCCCGUGGGCACGCCCAUCCACCGCCUCAUGCUGGACCCCUACAUCGCCGUGGUGGCCGGCGCGCUCACCACCUGCAACAUCCCGCUCGCCUUCCUCGAGCCCACCAUAGCCACGUGGAUGAAGCACACGAUGGCGGCCUCCGAGUGGGAGAUGGGCAUGGUCUGGCUGCCGGCCUUCGUGCCGCACGUGCUGGGCGUCUACCUCACGGUGCGCCUGGCGGCGCGCUACCCGCACCUGCAGUGGCUGUACGGCGCCCUGGGGCUGGCGGUGAUCGGGGCCAGCUCGUGCCUCGUCCCCGCCUGCCGCUCCUUCGCGCCGCUCGUCGUCUCGCUCUGCGGCCUGUGCUUCGGCAUCGCGCUGGUGGACACGGCGCUGCUGCCCACGCUCGCCUUCCUGGUGGACGUGCGCCACGUGUCGGUCUACGGCAGCGUCUACGCCAUAGCCGACAUCUCCUAUUCCGUGGCCUACGCGCUCGGGCCCAUCGUGGCGGGCCACAUCGUCCACUCUCUUGGCUUCGAGCAGCUCAGCCUCGGCAUGGGCCUGGCCAACCUGCUCUACGCGCCGGUCCUGCUGCUCCUGCGCAACGUGGGCCUCCUCACACGCUCGCGUUCCGAGCGCGACGUGCUGCUGGAGGAGCCGCCGCAGGGGCUGUACGACGCGCUGCGCCUGCGUGAGCGGUCGGCGCUGGGCCCAGACGGCGGCGGCGAGGCCGGCAGCCCGCCCGGCCCUUUUGACGGGUGUGAGGACGGCUACAACGAUUACGCCGGCAGCUAGCACACCCGCGUCUCCACCGGGCCGCCUACCCUCCCCAUUUAGGUCGCGCUGGAGAGC